AUGGCCACAGCCGCCGCCGCCGCCGCCGCACGUUUCACCCCGGCCAUCCUGCCCCGUCCCCGCAGGAGAGUCCCCGCGCCGUGCGCCUCAGCGAGCAGCGCCUCCGGACGCGGCAGCCGCCGGCUGCGCUGUGAGUUCGUUGCCAGCGUCGGGAACGGCGCGCUCUCCGGCGAGGACGACCCUCGACUGAUAGACCGCCAAAAAGCUCUUGAUGCAGCAAUGACAGACAUAAACAAUUCUUUUGGAAAAGGAAGUGUUACAAGAUUAGGCAGUGCUGGUGGUGCUUUUGUUGAGACUUUCCCGAGUGGUUGCUUAACACUAGAUUUUGCUUUGGGCGGUGGCCUUCCAAAAGGAAGAGUGGUAGAGGUGUAUGGUCCUGAAAGCAGUGGAAAGACCACUCUAGCUCUGCAUGCCAUUGCUGAAAUACAGAAGCUAGGAGGAAAUGCCAUGCUUGUUGAUGCAGAGCAUGCUUUUGAUCCAGCUUAUUCAAAAGCACUUGGUGUAGAUAUUGAAAAUCUGAUUGUCUGCCAGCCUGACAAUGGAGAGAUGGCACUAGAAAUUGCGGACCGCAUGUGCAGAUCUGGAGCAAUAGAUCUCAUCUGUAUUGAUUCAGUAUCAGCUCUCACUCCACGUGCGGAAAUUGAAGGUGAGAUAGGGAUGCAGCAGAUGGGUUUACAAGCUCGUCUGAUGAGUCAAGCAUUGAGAAAGAUGUCAGGCAAUGCGUCAAAGGCUGGUUGUACUCUAAUGUUCUUGAAUCAAAUAAGAUACAAGAUUGGGGUAUUCUAUGGGAACCCUGAAGUCACUAGUGGAGGGAUAGCUUUGAAGUUCUUCGCAUCAGUUCGCCUAGAGAUACGACACAUUGGGAAGAUAAAAUCUGCCAAGGGAGAUGAAGAUAUUGGUGUCAAGGUCCGUGUCAGAGUGCAGAAGAGUAAAGUAUCCAGGCCCUACAAGCAAGCUGAAUUCGAGAUCAUGUUUGGGGAGGGCGUUAGUAAACUGGGUUGCAUUCUUGAUUGUGCUGAGCUGAUGGAAGUUGUUGCAAAGAAGGGUUCAUGGUAUAGUUACAAAGAUAUAAGACUGGGUCAAGGUAGAGAAAAGGCACUGCAGUAUCUCCGAGAGAACCCAACCGUCUGCGAUGAGAUAGAAAAGGUAGUCCGAGCCAUGAUACCAGAAGGAACCAGGCAUAUGGCCAUGCUAGCUUUCGGGCAGUCGUCGUCACAACCCGAGGAGGAAGAAGUAUAUGAUGACUGA